AAGCCGGCCAUUUCCACCCGUCUCUGCUCAAAGAAUAGGGAUGGUUCGUGGAAAGCUUGAAGUGCUCCUCGUCGGAGCCAAGGGCCUCGAGAACACCGACUUCCUCUGUAAAAUGGAUCCUUAUGCGGUCCUCACAUGCCGGACGCAGGAGCAGAAGAGUAGCGUUGCAUCUGGAAAAGGCAGCGAUCCUGAAUGGCAUGAGAGCUUUGUGUUCACUGUUUCUGACAGUGUUCCAGAACUCACUAUUAAGCUCAUGGACAGUGAUACUGGCUCCAGUGAUGAUUUUGUGGGAGAAGCAACCAUUCCUUUAGAAGCAGUAUUUUUCGAAGGAAAUAUUCCUCCUACUGUUUAUAAUGUGGUCAAGGAUCAAAAAUAUUGUGGAGAAAUUAAAAUUGGUCUCUCCUUCAUUGCAGAGGAAACUCGCGGGAGUGAUUUCCUUGCCCAGAGAUAUGGUGGAUGGAAUGAGUCAUCCUGAAAGAUAUUUUCAUGCUCUAGUAAAAUCUUAAUAUAGCCAGAAUGUACACCAGGAUAUUUGGUUCCAAAAGGCAUUGUUCUAGGAGACAUUGUCCAGUCAAUAAAGCUACUAGAAAACUUAAAACAGGAAUGGGUACUUUCUAUGUCCCACUUCAUCGAUCGAUUAUUCACACUUUCAACUACUUGGGUCUAGUCUUUGGUUCGUUUAAUGUGAAAUGGUUGUUUCUGUAUCUUUUCUUUCUUA